UGCGUUUUGACUAUUGUGUGAACGAUUAUAGAAGUCACGUGCGAACAGCUAGGUGUUUAAAUGGCACUUGCAUGCACAAACACCCACUCUGCCCCUACAACAGUGAUAAUUUCCAGUGCAAACAGAGACACAACUGUUCACACAUUUUUCCGUACAAGCGCUGGGGGUCUCCUACGGGAAGUUUGGGUUUUGAGAUAUACGCAGGUUCGUUGUAAUUAACAAAAGUUGCAGCGCCGUUUAACGAAGUUGCACGGGGCGGUGGGAGCACACGGGCCUGGCAGAAGGGGUGAGGUGUCAGGACCCACUGGGAGAAGAGGAAACGCAUUUGGUGAGCGUUAAUGGGUAAGACUUAAGAGCGACGCAAAAUGGAGCGUGUGAAAGGCGCAGCCAGUCAUUCUGCUCAGGAGAGAUUUGAGUUCACUGGAGCCCAGUGCUGAGGGCGUGAAAACACGAAGAACCUGCAUAAGAGUCAUUUCUCCAGCCUUUUCCCCCACCAUGUCUGAUGAAGAUAUUGGCACCACUUUAGCCUAUACCAAGAGCCCCAAGGUCUCCAGGAGAACCACUUUUCAGGAUGAGCUACAAGAAGCAAUUUCUGCUCGUGCAGCAAGACAGCAAACUGCUGAAUACUCAGAUGACUUUGACAGUGAUGAGGAUGAUGAUGAGACUACUCAGAAAAAGGCCCUUUUCAAAAGUGAAAUGGCUGAUGACUUGUCUUCACUAUUAGAUGAAGAGAAACAUCAACAGAUGACAAUUUUGAAUAGCCAAAACUUGACUGGUGACAGAGAAGAUGAAACAGAAUGGUCAUUCAUUGAAAAAUCAACUUGUCAUGGUAAUGAAGGUGACCACUGUAAUGAAUCACAUAUGGCUGUACUGCAGAAUGAAAGGGAAGAAAUUACUCAACAUGAAUUUGAAAACAAACCAGUACCAAAGCUAAGGGAGCACAGAAUCAAGAAUAUAUCAUCAGCUGAGAAUGUCAGCAUUUCUGCACUGGAUGAUCGUUAUAAACCAUCACCUCAACCAAGAAAUGUGUUAAGAAAGACCAGCCAUGUAGAAGACAAAGAUGUUGCCAGGGCAGAAGAUAAGACUGCUUCUUCUAGUUACAGAUUACCUUCAUUUUCUGCACCAUCCUCCCUAACUAGGCUGAGUGACAAAAUAACAACAUCCGAGAAAAGGGCACUUGCUGAAAGCCCUAGUCCCGAGGGUCCAUGGCUAACAAGCUCUUCACCACCAUUCCCUAUUCAUUUUCAUUCAGCUGAUGAAAUGUCUGGAGACUCGGAUUUGUUAAUGUGUGGAGAAGGCUCUCCUUCAAAAGGGCGGGAUCAAACAGAAGAUGAUGACAGCAGGGAUUUGAAACUGGAGAAUAAUGGCAGAAAAUCCCCAUCUGUGAUAGAACUAAUGAUGACUACAGUGUAUGAGAAAACUAAGAAACUACAGAAAUCAACUGAUGACAAGCUUGAAGAAAAUUUGCAAACAUUGGAAGAGAAAUUCAUUGCUGAUGGCAUAAAGGAAAUGUCACUGAAUGAUAAAUCUGAAGACAUGGCGGAAGUGAGCACUUCAGAGGACUCGGACAAGAAAGAAUUUGAAUAUAAGGAAACACUUUCAGAAAAAGUGAGACCUUCUUCAUCAAGCAGGUCUCUGUCUUCUACAUACUUGAAGAAAGCUGGGAAAACCAUCCCUCCAUCUACAACUACAUCUUCUCAAUACUUGGGAACAUUAAAGGUCUUAGACAAUAAACACUUGCAAAAAUAUAGUGCUGAGCUUGACAAAGCAGAUAGUUUACGAGCAGCUGUUUAUCAGGAUUGGUUGGAAAAGAAAAGAGUCUUUCUACUAGAACUGCAAAGAAUUAAAAGGAACAAAGCAGAACAUUUAAAGAACGCAAAUGAAAAGAAAGAAGCUACUAAGAAAGAAGAAGCAAUUGCAUCUUUUGAAGCCUGGAAGGCAAUGAAAGAAAGAGAAGCAAAAAAGAAACUAGCUGAAAAAAAGAAGCUUGAGGAGUUGAAGAAACGGAGAGCAGCAGAACAGAAUGAAGAGAAAAAAGAAGCAGCUCAAAAGGCAGCAUUUGAAAAAUGGAAAGAAAAGAAAGCAGAGUAUUUAAGAGAGCAAAGUAGAAAGGAAAAACAAGCUGAAAGAAUCAAGAAGAAGAAAGAAGAGGAAGUUAUUGCAGAAAAGAAACGAGACAGCAUGUCUGCCGUUGAUAAAUGGAAUGAAAAAAAGGAAGAAUUUGUAAAACAAAAGAAGACAGAAAAAAUCCAAGAGAAAAGACGGCAAGAAAUAGAACAAUUUGAGAGGGGAGAAAAAGAUAAAAGGGCUAUGGAGGAAUAUGAAAGAUGGCUGGAAACGAAAGAGAGGAGAGACCAGACUGAGAAAAAACAAAAGAAGCUCCAGGUUAUCCUUGAGGAUGAAACCCCUCCUCCAUGGAGCCCGCCUGGCAAAGCUGUUUCGUCAAGGAACUACUGAGAUGUCCAUUACCCUUUGUGAGGAAAGUUCAUGUCCAAAGUUCUGACACUGGCUAAUCAUCAAUAUUUCACAACAACUGACUUUAAAGUGAAUUGAUACUGGCUCUUGCAUCCUUUCUUUUUUAGGGUGAUUAUUUUUAGACUCCUCAGUUGGAACAACUGGGUGUAUGUGCUAAAUAGCUCAAUUGUUCUUUUCCAUUACAUUUCACCAAAAGAUUAACUUGUGUGAUUUUUUUUUUGCAAUUAAUUUCUUGGUUAAACUUUGUGUCAUUUGGCCCCUUUUGGUGAAAAUUCAUGUUCGGGACACGCAGGGCCGGACUCUAACACACCCUUCCUCAUACGAGUAGCGCUUUAGCCCACAAAUGAUGCCAUUGAAGUCAGUGGGCCUGCCUGUGGAUUCAGCCUGAGUAAGGAUGUCAGAAUCUGGCCCAAAAUGAGUGGUCAAGCAAGUGCUAGAUAUGUUCCCAUACAAAGUGCAGGGUGAAGAAGUAGAAAAUAUUUGAAACCAUCAUUCAAGCAUAGCUUCAGAGCUACAUUAUUUAUAAACCGGUAAACAAUCCCUGAAGAUUGGCAGGGGGAAUAAAUACAUUAAGCAAAAGGAAGUAAAAAAGAAAAAAAACAGUCCUGAGGUUUUUACUGUAUGAUGAGACUUGCAAUGUGCAGUUGUGCAGAAUGUAAGGAUAACUUAGGUUUCGCAACAGCACAAAUAUCUGACGCUUUUUCAGUUCGAGUUUAAAGGACUAAUAAUGCUAGCUCCAGAAAAGGAUCAUUCAGAAUUGUCCGGAAUGUAUUCAACCGAAGUAAACUUUGUCCGUGUUGAAUCAAUGGUGCUAGGUUUAUUCUGUGAAGAGGGCCAAAGUAUAUUUUUAUGAUCCAUGGGCCUAGCCUAUAAUAAUAGGGCUAUGUGCAGCGGGGAAAGUAACUUAAAGGACUUACCGGUACUCCGAAGUCCUGAGCGUGUGGCCUCGACCAGAAGAGGUGGGGCCUUUAAAUACCGCUGGGGUAGCGGCGGCAGGGCUCUGGUGGUGCUUUAAAGAGCCCGGGGCUCCGGCCACUGUGGGGAGCCCCAGGUCCUUUAAAGCACCAGCCUGGGGAAGCUGGUCCGGUCCGGCACGGCAUACUGGUUCUUGCUGGUACGCCGUACCGGACUGGCUUACUUUCACCUCUGGUUAUAUGCUACCUUGAGCCGCAGUAGAGCUCCUAUUGAUGUGCAAAGAUUAAUGCUAAGAUAUGAGCCUUUUGUACUAAUGAAACUUUUAAAGGCCAAAUUCCAUUCUCAGAUACACUCAAGUAUGUGCACAGUAAUUUCAUUAACUGUCAGUAUAACUGGAAUUAUUCCAGAGAAUAUGAGAACAGAAUUUUUGACCUCAUAGCUGUUUUAGACUGUCAGCAGACUCAGAAUGACAACUUAGUAAUGGUAAUACCCCCUCCUGCACCCCAGCCCUGAGCCCUCUCCCAGAACCAGCCCUCAAUACCCCCUCCUGCACCCCAAGAAAUAUUACCAAUAACGGUAAUAUUACCCUAUCAACCAACAAAGAACUCAGAAUGUUCAACCGUCUGUGUCGGGUAUUUGUUCAACCAUCUGUGUCGGGUUGAUAUGGCUCUCACAUUGAAGGUAUUUUGCCAAAGUGGCCUCCACUUCAAAAAUAGUGAAGAGCAGUGGCCUAAAUAAUAUGGUCAUGUUGUGAUUUGGACUAUGUGGAGCACACAGGAGUAAGUGGACAAUAUUACAUCCACUACUCCCCGUACUGCAUCAAGUGGCUGGGGAGGUAAGGGAACACUCUGGCUAGCACAGCUGAGCUGUUGUUGGGGCAUUAUCAUCCUACGCUGGUAUAGAGUAGCAGGAAAUGACUGCCUCUCAUCCCAGAGUAAGGAGGCAACUGUACUUUUGGAGGGAUGUCCCUGAGGUACAGUGCCUCUUUGUCUACUUCUUGAUGGUGCAUCUUAUGCUCUCGCCACUUGCUCAAGACUGUACCUAAAAGUAUAAUCUAGUCUGUAUGAGCAGAAUUUCAACGAGAAAAGAGUUCUAAUGCCUUUUGCUUGAUUGGUCUUGACUAAUUUGUAAACCCUUCAAAAUUAAGGAGCUGAUAUCUGUUAAAAUUACUGUCUUCUAUGUAAAAUGUUUUAAAGAGAUGAUCAAAGAUUUUAAAGAGCUUUAAAUAGAAGUGUUCUUUCAUGUUAGUCUUGGAGAGAUUAUGGUGCAGCAGUAAUAGUGAAGGUUGCACUGCAGAGUUCAAUUUAAAACGGGUUGACAUUAAACCUUUAUUUUGUAAAAAUCUUAUUGAAAUAGCAAAAACCAGAACAUAAAAUAUAAGCUUUGA